CUUUCACUUCUGACAGAAGCAGCACAGGAGGAAAUGGGUGUCAGGCUGGGGCAAAGGGACAAUUUUCUUUAGUUUCCGGACAGCUCACCUGGGAUCAGAGGACACCUCCAAGGUGACAGCUGAGCAGCUCCUGCUCCAGCCAGAGCCCAGGACAGAGCUCAGGGUCUCCAGGUUGUGCUCCAGGGAGGAGGAUGCUCUGCAGUUCCCCCAUCCACUGCUCUCUGUUGGCUUUUGUCAUUUCCACUUUAGUUUUCCAAGUUCCUCAGGGGCACUCAGCUCCACUCACCGUCACUGCACCCCCCGGCCCCAUCACCGUGGCCAAGGGCGAGGACGUGGUGCUGCCCUGCAGCUUCUCCCCGGGGCAGAAUGCACAGGACACGGAGGUGACCUGGUUUCGGGAGCAGUUCUUGCCCUUUGUGCAUCGCUACAAGUUGGGCCAGGACCAGUACGGGGAGCAGAUGGUUCAGUACCAAGGGCGCACUGAGCUGGGGAAGGACGGCCUUGCCAAGGGCAGCGCGGACUUGAGGAUCUUCCAUGUCCAGCUCUCUGACACAGGGAGUUACACCUGCUUUGUUCAACAUGGCUCAGAUUAUGACGACGCUCUGGUGGAGCUCCAGGUGACAGCCAGCGGCUCUGCCCCGCUCAUCGCGCUGGAGCGCUACGAGCACGGGGGGAUCCGGGUGGCCUGUCGCUCUGCCGGCUGGUACCCACGGCCCCGGGUGCUGUGGCACGAUCCCCACGGGCGCCAUCUCCCGUCCCUCUCGGAAAACGCUACCCAGGACAAGAAUGGGCUCUUUGCAGCUGAGAGCAGCAUCAUCCUCACCAGGGCUGGGAACCAGGAACUCUCCUGCUCGGUGCAGCACCUCCCGCACACACCGGGGCAGGGAUCAGCCCUUUACGUCUCAGAUCCCUUUUUCCAAGAUGCCCAUCCUUGGAGGAUUGCCCUGGGUGUGGUCCUGGUUGCUGUGGUUGCUCUCCUUAUUAUCACUGUUUGUCUGUUUAAAUGCUCUCGAGGUUCUUGCCGAGUCUGGAGGAAGCUUUGGGGGAGCACAUUUCAUUGUGCAGGGGCCUCAGCUGCUCUGAGCACUGCAGAGCACAGGCACAGGGCCCUUAGGGAGCACUGCAGGGGACAUUUCACCCCACGCUCCUCCCUUGUUGCUGCAAACCUGCCCCUUCAGCGCUGCCCUGGAGCUGGAGCCCGUGCUCAGGUCUCCAGCAGCACGGUGCUGAUCUCUGCCCACAGCGGGCUCAGGGAGGAGCAACAAGCCCAGGAACUCGCGAACGUGGUUCUGGAUCCAGACACAGCCCACUGUGAGCUUGUCCUGUCUGACAGUGGCAAACGUGUGAAACAACUUGACACACGACAGGACAUCCCCGACACCCCUGAGAGAUUCAACGUGUGGCGCUGCGUUCUGGGCCGUGAGGGCUUCACCUCGGGGAGACACUACUGGGAGGUGGAGGUGGAGAAUGCAGGAGAAUGGAUUGUGGGGAUUUUUAGAGACGGUGCGGAAAGGCAGGGUGAUAUUGAGUUUAAACCAGAGGAAGGCAUCUGGGCAGUGGGGAAACGGCCAGUACUGAAAGCUUUCACCUCCCCUAUUCUCACUCUAUCUCCUGAAAUCAAGGCUCCCAGGCGGAUCCGGGUCUCUCUGGAUUAUGAAAUGGGACAGGUGGCAUUUUUCAGUGUUGAUGAGGGGAUUCCCAUAUUCAUGUUUCCACGGGCAUCAUUUGGAGGGAAAAAAGUCUACCCUUUGGUCUGUCUGGGUUCUGAGACACGUCUGAAAAUAUGUCCCUGAUGAAGAGGAGGCAGUAAGAGAAGGGUCUCCAAGGGUGGAGAUCUCGUUACCUCUCUGCACCUCUCUUCCAUGCUGCAUCUCUCCAAGAUCUUUCUCUGAGGCCAGACAUGCUGUUCUGGUCCCAGUGCAGAUCAGUGGGAGAGGCCAUGGCCAAGACCUUGUGUGAUGAGAUCACCCCACAUCAUUUCCAGGUGUGGGGAAAAGGGACUUUCUCUCCUGCUUCUG